AGUAAAACGUUCGUAAAGUGGCGCGCUUAGAAAUAUUUACGAAACAUCAUUGUGUUCAUGUAAAAAUUUGUGUAAAUUUGAAGAUUUACAAUUGGAUAUAUAAAAAAAUCUAUUAUGAUAAAGUACUUUGCAACAUUGUAUGAAAAACUUUAAAAAACCAAAAAUAUAUAAAUAUCUCAUCACUUAAGUAAUUAUUUGAUUUUGCGAAAUCGUUUGUGUUUUAUUGGUUUGUUUUGUGCCUGAAAAAUGAGUUUGAGCCGAUUGAGGAGUGUGCUCAGGUGUGAUUUGGUGAAAGUUCAUCCUUCAAGUGCACUGGUUGCGAAAUUGGUACCUUAUGCUGGGCGGGAAGUCAGCACAAGUAGCACGCGAUGUGCUGUUGCACAACAGAACACAAAACCAGAUUGGAACAGAGCAGUAAGCGAGGCCGAGAAGAUCGUUGGUUACCCAACCUCCUUCCUCAGCCUCCGCUGGGUACUUAGCGAUGAAAUAGCCAACGUUGCUUUACACUUACGAAAACUCGUUGGAAGUAAUCAUCCACUUUUGAAAACAGCGAAGAACCUUAUUUACAAUGGUAAGAACAACAUGCAAGCUUGGGGGCUUAUUGUGCUACUUGUGUCGAAAGCAGCAGGGCACAGUCCUGAAAUACCGGAUAUGGAACAAGACAAAGCGGCCGGUGUUCUACACAGUCAACGCGCGCUCGCUGAAGUAGCUGAAAUGAUUCGCACAUCUCAUCUCGUGCAUAAGGGUCUAGUGAACAUGAACGUGAGGCAAGUGUUGGACGGGGAGCCGGACGACAUAUUAUUCGGCAACAAGAUCGCCUUGCUCAGCGGGGACUACCUACUGGCUAACUCAUGUGCUGAACUUGCUAAUCUGAGGAACCAAGAGCUCGUAGAGCUGAUGUCAUCAGCAGUGCGAGAUCUAGUAGAAGCGGAGUUCCUUGGAGAUCGGGAUCAACAAAAUAAUCCUCUGCCCUCGCGGCCUCUGCCUGAGGAUCAAAGGGAAACAGCGUCAGAAUGGGACUGCAUCCUGUCGCCGCUGCCCAUGGCGGGCGUGGCGGGCGUGGCGCGGCGCGAGUGGGCGGCGCGCCACGUGCUGGCGGCCGGCGCGCUGCUCGGCAAGAGCUGCUCGGCGGCGCUCAAGCUCGCCGGACACAAUCCCGCUCUACAGACACAGGGCUACCUCUUCGGAUGUCAUUUAGCUUUAGCAUGGCAGGCGUUCUUGGAUCUCGAAGCGUUCACAGGACCUGAGCCAGCCAGCUUCUCUUUAGUGGGCGCUCCGCUAGCCUUCACUCUGGAGGCUCGGCCCGAGUUGUACUCCUACAUAGAGGCCGGCAAGAAGAGCGUACAUGAUGUCGACUAUCACGCGCUGUACGAGGCGGUGCUGUCGGGCGACGGUAUCCAGCGCACUCAGCAGCUGCAGCGCGAGCACAGCGGUCGCGCGCGCGAGGUGCUCGACUGCUUCCCGUACUGCGACGCGCGCACCGCGCUCGCCAACAUCAUCGUCGCCAUGAACCCCUAGCCCGCUCCACACACGUCCAGCGCACUCAGCGGCUGCAGCGCGAGCACAGCGGUCGACACUGCGUCUGUUAUACCUGUAAAAUUAAGUCAUAUUCUUAAGUAAACUUUAAUGUAUUUAGAUUAAGCUAACUUUGUUUGUAUUGCAGCUAAAUGUAAAUAAAGAAACAAUGCAAUAGAAAUCAACAAGGGACCAAAAAAAAAAAUGUUUUUCUAUUAUUUAUGUUUAUUUUGGUAACAGUUUUGUAUUUAAUUUAUGUACAUAUUGUAUUUAAUUUAUUUUAAUAUCGCGCGCUUUGUUACAUAAAUGUAGUUACAAAGAAAUCUAUU